UGGCAAAGUUGGGCGCCUGGUCAACCAGGUCCGGCCGUCGGAGGAGACGAUAAGAGAUGAACAAGAAAGAGGAGAAGAGGGAGAAGGCACGGUUGCAACGUGAAGAUAGACGACAUCAGAUCUCUUUACUUCGUUCCGUUCCUUACUCCGAUCAACAGAGAUGGUGGUCCAAAGAAACCAUUGCUGUAGUGACUGGUGCAAACAGAGGAAUUGGGUAUGAAAUUGCCCGCCAACUAUCAAUUAAUGGAUUAACAGUUGUGUUAACUGCAAGAGAUGCUGUUGUUGGUGAAGAAGCAGUAAAGGUCUUAAAGGAAGGAGAUUGCAUCAAUGUUGUUUUCCAUCAAUUGGAUAUAACAGACCAUUCAUCUAUUUGUUUAUUCACUGAUUGGUUGUUGAAGAAUUAUGGAGGUUUAGAUAUCUUGGUUAAUAAUGCUGGUGUGAAUUAUAAUCUUGGUUCAGACAAUUCAGUUGAGUUUGCUGAACAGGUUAUUAAGACCAAUUACUUUGGAACUAAAAACAUGAUUAAAGCUAUGAUCCCAUUGAUGAUGAGGUGUUCUAGAUUUGGGGCUCGUAUUGUUAAUGUAAGCUCGAGGUUGGGAAGGAUAAAUGGAAGGCGCAAUAGAAUUGGAGAUGUAAAGUUGAGACAACAACUGGAAGAUUUGGAUACAUUAUCAGAGGAACUGAUUGACAAGACUGUAUUAAACUUUUUAGAGGAAGUGAAAGACAGCAGCAGUUGUGUAUCUUCCAAAUGGCCUCAAACAUACACUGAUUACUCCAUGUCGAAACUCGCGGUUAAUUGCUACACAAGGAUGAUGGCGAAAACACUUUCUGAUAGACCAGAUGAAGAAGAAGAAGAAGGCCACCAGAUUUAUAUCAAUUGCUACUGUCCUGGCUGGGUGAAGACUGCCAUGACUGGUUGGGCAGGUCAUACGUCGCCGGAGGAAGGUGCAGAUACGGCUGUUUGGCUUUCUUUGUUGUCAUCAGACCAGUUGGUGACCGGGAAGUUUUUUGCAGAGAGACGGGAGAUCAACUUUUGAAACAAAGUUGUUGUUUUUAUAAUAUUUAUGCAUGUUUGAGACUUAGUUUGAAUAUUUUGCUUAAGUUUCAGUGUUAUUUUCUCAUUUUGACCAUACCCA